AUGUCAUGGGAUGAAUAUGACGAGGAGGAAAGUGCUGUUUCUUCCACGCAGAGCCAGGAGAAUCUGGGUGGUAUCCAGGAUGAAUCCCAUAAUCCAAAUGAAUCAGAAUGUAAAGUUUCAGGUUCUUGUUCCUGUGACAAGAAUAUGGAAGAUGAACUGAAAACUAAGGACGGCAGGGCAGAGUUGCAUCUCACAGCCUCUGGAGAGGUGUUUUUUUAUCUUCUUAGAUUUAACGGGUUUGACCUUGUACUUAUUAAGAAAGUAAGAAAAAAGGUGUCCUCACAAAUAUUUGUUAAAGACUUGUAUGUGGUCAGUGACAAAAAACUGUAUGGAUUCUAUGACGUGAUUAGCACGCCUGGCUCACUAGACGAUUUGUUGAAGCCUGAAAGAAAAAGAAAGAAGGCGAAUGGAUCAUUGCUCAGUGAUGAGUCUCAUGAGGAAUACAUAUACAGGCCUUGCAGGAAGAAUGGGAAGAUUAUCUUGAAGAGAGAGGAAGGAAAAUCUGAUAUAGUCAGUAAUUGGGAAGGGUUUUUUAUAACUUCAGGAUUGGCUCACAAGAUUGUCUAUGAGGAUGGAAGAUACAAUUUUGUAUAUAACUCUAAGAAGUAUUCUUAUGAAAAGGUAAUUGGGGGAAUAGCUUAUAAUAAUGGAAUGCUUGUAUAUUAUCUAAAAGGAAAAGAUUCUAGCUUGUAUUUUCAAGGUGAUCAUGAAAAGAUCUAUAACAUUCCAAAGAUCACCGUGAUGUCAUGUGAAGGCCAGAGGACUAUUGUUGGAACAGCCGAUGGCUAUAUCUAUCUAUUUGAUAGAUGUGUCCUGAGUAAAAGAAGAAAAGUGUAUGACGUACCGAUAACUGGUGUAGGCUUUAUGAAUGACCAGGUUUAUUUCUCCUCACUGGAUGGUUUUGUUGGGACAGAAAAGACGACUAGAGGAUUCAGUAUGUUUCUUAUCAUGGUCUCCAUUGGCAUCUUCAUUUUUGCAAUAGUGAUGGGUAUUAUUUCAAAAACUGUCAGGCAUUCUUUCUUGGAUAAAUAA